UUUUACACCGUUACAUCGAUUAACAACCCUCAGGGCUGGGAUAUGCCCUAGAAACGAGUGUCCUGUUUUUCCACAGACUAUUGUAAUAUACACAAAUAUUAAAUGUCGACCUGUAUACUGUCGGGUGUGUAAAAACCGCGUGACUUUUGACUGUGACAGGAGACUGACGACUUUUCAGACGAUAAAGCGACAAAUGACACUGGCAAACAAGGGAUUAAGACGUUCGAAAAGACAACGGUUGUGAUGUGUCAUAACAAAACCAAAAACCCUUUGGGGUAAGGUAGCCUGGUUCAUCGUUAUAUCAAAAAGCGCAGUCCUUUCCCGUCGAAUAGUACGACGCACUGUUUUUACAAAACAAACAAUUGUAGUAACAUCUAAAAGACGAUAAUAAUGAAUAUAAUAUGGUUACUUUUAAUGGUAACUGUGUUGCACAGGGUUUGGACAGGUAAAGUUAGAAGGCGGGAGAGCGAGGACUAUGGAUGUAGACAAAGGUUAUUUGUUUUCCUCUGCGUUUUCCAUAUCGGUCAGACCCUCGAUGAUAUGCAGUUAGAGAGUGAGAAGGAGAGAGGAAAGACUUUGCCGGAAAUCUUCUAAGUUAGGCGGACACAUGGAUCGCACGUGUCCGCCGACGGUCGUCCGUGUGUCGCGCGUUCGUGAGUGUUUCGCUCGUUGUGAUCUUCACGAUUGUGUUUGCCUUCGGUGUGGUUUAAUCGUACGGGAAAUAUUUUCCCCGGCUAAACGGAACGCAUCAAGAAAUAUGUCGUCUAAGAGGAAAUCUCCUCCUUCGAAAUUGCAAGAAGGCGGUGAAGAAGGCGGGACAGAGAAUAGUUUGAAUGGUGAUUCGAUAGCCGGCGAAGGGGAAGAAGAGAUUAGGGAAGAAAGAGGUGGAAUGUUCUAUAAGCUCGGUUCUAGUUCGUCAAGUGGUGGAAGCGAAUUGGAAGAUCUCAUUCCCCCAGAAGAAGAAGUGCUGACUCCGCCGAAUAAAAAGAGGUUUCUCGACAACGGGAUGCUGGGCCCAUACGACGAAUCUCAUCUCAGGCCGAAGCUGGCCCUACACCAAACUCUUCUCAACCCUUUGCACGGGGCGCCAUUUUCAAGCGACAUCGACCCUGCAAGGCCAAAGUCCAACUGCGAAUCCCCCACAGAUAAAGGCCUCCACAUUAACAAUAACAGCACUACGCUUAACCAUAACAAUAACAACAACAACUUUUCCGGGAAAAGGACUAUGGACGAUGUCCUCAAAAGGCUCACUUCAAAAAUGAACAACAGUACGAUCAAAGAAGACAAAACGCCGAAUUCCCCAAAUAAAAUGCCGACUGGGGAUCAAUUGGACGGUGAGGAAAUGGAACCCAAUUCCUUGAUCAACCACCUCCAAGCAAUGACUGGGGAAACGCUCCUCGAAAAAGAGAGGCGGCUUUCGGAGAUGAUCGUACAACUUCAGAUGGUCCGGGACCAGCUUCUAUCUCAGCAGGAGCAGCAGAACAAGUUUCUUGGUAGCUCGGAAGCGCAGAAGCAAAUGGAAAUACAACAGCGGGUUCAUCAAGAACAACAGCUGAGACAAGACCACAUACUUCAACAACAGCACAAAAUACACGAACUUCAAAAUCAGAUAUCAUCGCAGUAUGCUUCCUCGAAAGGAAUCAGCUUGGGUUCGCCUCAGAGCUUGAUGUUCCUUCCAUUUUUGGAUCAGCUUCGAAACCUUCAGCCUCAGGCACACCAUUUACCCCAAGUAUCCAACGAUUCGACCCCUAGCAAUAGUGGAGACAAUUGGUGCGGGAAUGUAGAAUCCCCUCCACCUCAGGAUCCAGAUGCGCCUCUCAACCUUUCAAAACCCAAAGCGACUCCAACAGGAAGGACUGAACCUAGUAAUAAUUCACCUUCACUUAAGUUAAUACCUCCAAACUUGCUCAUGCCGAGAGCAUUUCUUCCAUAUGCUACAAUGCCGCCUCGUGCAAACAGCCAAACUAAAUUAGGCAUUGUGGGAGCAAAUGAAAACGACAAGUUGCCUGCUUACACAGGACUUCAUUUGUAUCCGCCACCACAUCAUCAUAUCCUCCAACAACCUCACCGUGAAGAAGUCAAAGAGGACAAUGAAUUUUUAUCACCUUGUCAUAUAUGGAGUCAAGAAUCAGGAUUUAAAAUCCAAGAUGAUUCCAGUGAAAAAGCCAAAAUGAUGCGCCAACCAAAACGGGAUGGAGAAAACAAACCACAUAUAAAACGGCCGAUGAAUGCUUUUAUGGUAUGGGCAAAAGAUGAAAGAAGAAAAAUUUUAAAAGCAUGCCCUGAUAUGCACAACUCAAACAUAUCAAAAAUAUUAGGAGCACGCUGGAAGUCUAUGUCAAAUGCGGAAAAGCAACCUUUCUAUGAAGAGCAAUCUCGAUUGUCGAAACUGCACAUGGAAAAACAUCCCGACUACAGAUAUCGACCAAGGCCUAAAAGAACGUGCAUUGUCGACGGCAAGAAGAUGAGAAUUUCCGAGUACAAAUCCCUUAUGCGACAAAGACGAAAUGAAAUGAGGCAGUUGUGGUGCCGGAAUGAAGCUGGGCCUUCGGGGAUGGCCGGACCCAGCUACGGCUUUCCUCCCGAUGGUUCGAUCUCUCCGCCUGAAAUGUUAACCUUCUCCCCAGCAAACUCACCUUCUUUUGAAACAAAUUCGCCAUCGCAUAAUGAGGAGUGAAUUGUGAUUUACCUUAUGGUAUUAAAUACAAAUACAAGCAGCCAAAAAAAAUAUUACAUUUUUCAAUUUUGCGUUUGAAAACUUUAUAAGUCUAAAGUAGAAUCUUUAUUAAGAAAUUAAAGUUGUAAGCUUAUUAUAUAAUGGAUCAAAAUUAGUGACUUUUGGCACACAACUAAAAUAAAUGCCUACUUAUUUAUGCUAGUGGCAGAUUAGGUUGAUGUUCUCUUGUUACCUCGAAUUAUUAGCUCAUCGAUUGCAAAAACUUAAACUAUUAAGUGCAUCAAUGAUUUCAUUAAAAGUGUUAAUUAUAAAAGCAAUAUUUUAUUUGUAAAUUUGUAAGAAAUUUUUAAUUAUAUAUUGUCGGUAUUACUUAAUAUUUAUUUAUUAUCAAUUAUUUAUAUUUUUAUAACAGAAUAUUGUAUAUUGCAGUGGUUUAUCCAGUGUUUUUCUUGGACUUUUCAUUUUGUGUACACAAUUUGUAUUUAUUUUUCUCAGUUAUAAUGUUAUGAAACAAUUGUUUUUUG